AUGUUGCGCUCAACAACGGUCGCUGAACACCUCGACUUGGACAUCGGAUGCUACCUUGUGGCACAUGGAAUCCGGCGCGGAUUGUUCAAGCACCACAGCAGCCUCGAAAGUCUUCUUGCUGGCACUGAACACUGGAUUCAAUACAAGGACGAAAUUCUCGAAGACGCCUUUUUUGUCCAAUCAACGAAGCGGGGUCUCGGUAUUGAUCCUACAAAACCAAUGCGCGACAACAAUCACAGGGAAUUCAUGCAGCGCAUCGGCAUAUCAGUUGGAUUGGGUGGUAGUGAAAGCGGUGUGACAUCGUAUGCCAUGAGGAGGAAUUUCGCAACAGUCAUCGCCAAUCACGCCGGCAAGGAUAAAGCGCGCAAGGCAAUGGCCCAUAAGGCCAAUAGCACCACUUUGGAGACGACAUAUGAUGACGAUAUUCGUCGAACCGACUUUGUCGGUCUCAUUUUAGGUGAAGCAGUAGAAUCUGCGUGGAACAUGAGGCAGGGUCAUCAGCCAGCUCUCAACAGGUUGGAAAAGGUGGCUGGCACCCCACUUGAUCAGAAUGAGUUAGAGCGACGCAUGCCAAUGCUGAAGAUUCUCUCGCAGCAAGCGAUCGACCUCAAAGACUGCCUCGCUCAAGGACUCGCAGAUUGGAAACAAGUCAUAGUGCAUACCAAUGUUUUUCUUGCGCACAUUCUCAGCUGA